AAGUCGCUGCAUUGUUACCCAACUAUGAUGUUGAUGCAAGUACAUGGACGGCUCGUUCGUCUCUCUCCCUCUCUGCACCGAUCGCCCCCCAUCCAUACAUAGCGAACGGAAGCGAUGAUGGCGAUGUCAUGUGGGCCGGACGAAACAGAAAAGCCUGGACGCGAUAGCGCGCUACUACUAAGAGGAGCGUGGUUCCGGCGGGGCGCGGCCUGGCUGUGCUCAGUACAGGUGCAGUGGUGGUGCUCCGAUCGAUCCUCCCGCCGGCCAGCAUUUGCGUUUGGUUCGGGCUGCACCGCCGACAUGGAGCGCUCUCUUGCUACCGGGACGACUGAAUCGCCACAAGAGGAGUGCUUCAAGGGCAACAAGGGCGGGUUCAGAGCCCUCCCCUUCAUCUUCUCAAAUGAGAUGCUGGAGAAAGUUGCUGGAUUCGGGCUCAACACCAACAUGAUCACGUACCUGACCGACAAGUACCACCUCAGCACCGUCAGCUCCCAGACGAUGCUGUUCGUGUGGAGCGCGAUCUCCAACUUCACGCCCAUCCCCGGCGCCGUCCUCGCCGACAUGUACCUCGGCCGGUUCAUGGCCGUCGCGCUAGGCUCCGUGGCGUGCCUGAUUGGGAUGGUCUUCCUAUGGCUGAGCGCCACGGUCCCUGGAGCGCGGCCGCCUCCGUGCAGCGGCGACCAGUGCGCGCCGCCGGGGACGAGGCACCUCGCGUGGCUGCUCGCCGGCUUCGCGUUCCUGUCCCUCGGCGCCGGCGGCGUCCGGCCGUGCUCCAUGGCGUUCGGCGCGGACCAGUUCUCCAGGCACCCCAGGCAGCGCCGGGCCAGCAUCCUGCAAUCCUACUUCAACGCCUACUACGCGUCCAUCGGCGUGGCCUUCACGGUCGCCGUCACGGCCAUCGUCUACCUGCAGGACAACGUCGGGUGGAGCGUCGGGUUCGCCGUCCCGAUGGGCCUCAUGCUGCUCUCCGCGGUCAGCUUCUUGCUGGGAUCGAGCCUAUACAUCAAGGAGAAGGGCGAGAGGCGGAUGUUCGCCGGGAUAGGCACCGCCGUCGCCGCGGCGAUCAGGAACCACGGGGCGCGGUUGCCGGACAAGACCGUCGAUGGCGUGUACCAUCACCUCAAGGACUGCAAGCUCGCUGUCCCCACGGACAAGCUGAGGUUCUUGAACAAGGCGUGCUUGCUCCGUGCCACCAAGGACGACGCGCCCUGCAACGGCUCGGACGCGGCGGCGGCGGCCUCCGAGCGGCACGGCCACGACGGGACGAGGCUGUGCACGGUGGACCAGGUGGAGCAGCUCAAGUCGGCGAUCCGCGUCCUGCCGAUCUGGUCCUCCACCAUCUUCCUCGCCCUUGCCAUGAACCAGAGCUUCGCCGUUAAGCAGGCCGAUGCUAUGGACCGGCGCGUCGGCGCGGGCGGGUUCCGCGUUCCCAGCGGCUCCUUGGCCGUCUUCAACAUGGCCACCAUGUCGCUGUGGUCGGCCUGCUACGACAGGUGGGUCGCGCCGGCACUGCAGCGGUACACGGGCAACCCGCACGGGCUCACCAUGAAGCAGCGCAUCGGUGGGGGCCUGCUCCUCGCCACCGCGUCGACGGCUGUCUCCGCGGCGGUGGAGGGCGAGCGGAGGCGGCUGGCGCAGCGCGGGGUCACCAUCUCGGCGUUCUGGCUCGUGCCGCAGUUCGCGCUUGUGGGGCUCGCCGAGGCGUUCGGCGUCAUCGGGGAGAUCGAGUUCUUGUACACCGAGCUGCCCAAGAGCAUGGCCAGCUUCAGCAUGUCGCUGCUGUACAUGGCCUUCGGAGUGGGCAACCUGGCCGGCGCCCUCAUCGUGAAGGUGGUGCAGGUGGCGAGCGGGCAAGGGGUGGGAACGGGCUGGCUCGUCGACAACUUGAACGUCGGCCGCUACGACUAUUACUACUGGCUGCUCACGGGCUACGGCGUGGCGAACUUCGUGUACUUCGCUUGGUGCUGCUGGUUGUAUGGCGAGGAGGGGAAGAACGUGGAGUGGGAAGAGGAGGACAACACGGAGCAGCCCUAGUCCUGUAUGGCUGGGACUCCUGUGAGCCCUGUAGGGCUGAAACAAUGAACUUCUGGAGGUUGAAUGUUCAAUGCAUGUGGUAGUAUAAAACAUCUAGUUAACUUUACUAGCCUAUUAGUUACUGUUGUUUAGACUUGUCAGGGUCACCAGCAGAGGAGGUUUAUUAGUCUUCCUACAAGUCAAUGCAUAACAUCGAUACUGCGCAGUGUGACUAGAAACUUUUCUGAUAAAUAAAUGUGUGUGCAGUCUAACUCA